AAAAAAGUGGUGAAAAGUUUUCAGACCCCCUCCCCUGUAUGUUUUUGUUGGGGGAAAAAAAAAAAGUUGUUGGUAGUUAGGUCGUGUGAAUGUGGCGUGUCCGUCGGUUUUCUUUCGCCCCUCGGUAACAGCGGGGGAAUGCGAGUUUUCUACGUCUCUGAAGUCGGACAGCGAGCUUUCGAGCAGAGGUUGCGGCGCUUUUUACGUCCUCUGGCUCGGACUGAAAAUCUCAGUGGCCAUCAUCGUUUCACCUCUGCCGUCUCGUUAGCCACCUUAGCUCCGCCGCUAGCUGGAAAGCUAACUUAAACCCCCCUACCCCCCCAACAAAGUUAAACGCUACCUCGCCUCAUAGUGUUUGUUUCUUGUGGUCACUUCCAGCUUGGAAGAAAGGAAAAGGAGAAUUAAAAAAAAAAAAGAAAGAAAGAGAAAAGCAACGGUUAAAACAUGGCGGAAACCAAAAUAAUAUAUCACAUCGACGAAGAGGAGACGCCGUAUUUAGUGAAGAUACCCAUUGCUGCCGAAAAUAUCACAUUGCUGGAUUUUAAACAGGUCUUGAACAAGCCAAACUACAAAUUCUUCUUCAAGUCUAUGGACCAGGACUUCGGGGUGGUGAAGGAAGAGAUUUCCGACGACAGCGCCAAGUUGCCAUGUUUCAACGGCAGAGUGGUGUCAUGGUUGGUAUCUUCAGACACUCCAGCAGCAGAGCCACCAGUGGCAGUGGUCCCCCCUGUGGAAACGACGACCCAGCCUUCGCCCCCUCCUCCGCCCCUCCCACCCCCACCUGCAGAGAGGACCGGGGGCAUCGGGGACUCCAGACCGCCCUCCUUCCACCCCAAUGCUACAGGCAGUGUGGAGACUUUGGACGACCAGACUGAAACAGAGUCUGUAGUUUCAUUCAGGAGAGAGAGACCUCGGCACAGAGAGAGCAUGGAGCAACACGGGCCUCGUAUGAACGGCCAGACUCGACUGGAGCGCCACCUGGCAGGAUAUGAGAGCUCCAGUACAGUGAUGAGCAGCGAGCUGGAAACCACCAGCUUCUGUGACUCCGAGGACGACGACACCAUGAGCAGGUUCAGCAGUGCAACAGAGCAGAGCACAGCCUCUAGGCUUCUUAAACGCCACCGCAGGCGCAGGAAACAGCGCCCACCACGUUUGGAGAGGGCCUCGUCCUUCAGCAGUGUGACAGACUCCACAAUGUCCCUGAACAUCAUCACCGUCACUCUCAACAUGGAGAAGUACAAUUUCUUGGGCAUCAGCAUUGUGGGCCAGAGCAACGAAAGGGGGGAUGGAGGAAUCUACAUCGGCUCCAUCAUGAAGGGAGGAGCUGUGGCCGCAGACGGACGCAUUGAACCUGGUGACAUGCUGCUGCAGGUGAACGACAUCAACUUUGAGAACAUGAGUAACGACGAUGCAGUGCGGGUACUGAGGGAGAUUGUACACAAGCCAGGGCCCAUCAUCCUCACAGUGGCGAAGUGCUGGGACCCUUCUCCUCAGGGCUACUUCACUCUGCCUCGCAAUGAACCGAUCCGACCCAUUGACCCAGCAGCGUGGGUGAGCCACUCUGUGGCUAUGACCGGAGCCUACCCCGCCUUCCCUGGCAGCUCCUCCCUCAGCACCAUCACCUCUUCCUCCUCUGUCACUGAGACCGAACUUCUUUCAUAUCUACACAAGUCCUCUCAUCAGGGCACCGACACAGUAUGCAAAAGUUUCGAUGAUUUCAAUUUAUCACUACACUCUGACAUGGCAUCGGUUGCCAAGGCCAUGGCCUCACCAGAGUCAGGUCUGGAGGUCAGGGACCGCAUGUGGCUCAAAAUCACCAUCCCCAACGCUUUCCUCGGCUCAGACGUAGUGGAGUGGCUGUUCCACCACAUUGAGGGAUUCCAGGACCGACGCGAAGCCAGAAAGUACGCCAGCAACCUGCUGAAAGCGGGCUUCAUCCGACACACCGUCAACAAGAUCACCUUCUCCGAACAAUGUUACUAUGUCUUUGGAGAUUUAAGCGACUGUGAGAACUACAUGGCCAACCUGUCCCUGAAUGACAAUGAUGGCUCCAGUGGGGCCUCAGACCAGGACACCUUGGCCCCCCUGCCUCUCCCUGGGGCCUCCCCGUGGCCCAUGAUGCACACCUUCCCCUAUCAGCCGUACCCUACACAUGCCUUCUCCAGCCAGCCACCUCCGUACCACGAGCUCACCAGCUACAGCUACGCCCCCGGCAGCACUGGCAGCCAGCACAGCGAAGGGAGCCGAAGCAGCGGUUCGACGAGAAGCGAGGGUGAGCGACGCCGCAGCACUAAAGGUCCCGGCAGCACCGUGGGCGGUGGGGAGAAAUCCCCCUCUGGCGGUGGCGGAGAAGGUGGCGGAGCUGACUCGCGCUCCGGCAGCGGCAGCGAAUCAGAAUACUCCACCCGCAGCAGCCUGAGGCGUGGCCACGGUUCGGCCGCCCCCAGCGAGCACAGCCACGCCUCCUCCCAGCGCUCACAUCAUCACCGCAUGCCCCAGCCGCCCCACAUGUCUCCCUACCCGCCAGGUAUCCUGCCUUACAACCCCAUGAUGGUGAUGAUGGUACCCCAGCACCCACACCCGGCCAUGGCGACUGCUCACGCUCUUUCUCACACGCAGCAGAUGCCCACAGGCCCCAUGCACCCGGCUCUACCCCCGCCCCCUUCCUCCACUCCAGGGGGGCCCCCUGGUGCCCCGCCCACCCGUGACCUGGGCUCUGUACCCCCAGAGCUGACUGCGUCGCGCCAGUCGUUCCACCUGGCCAUGGGGAACCCCAGCGAGUUCUUUGUGGAUGUCAUGUAGUAUUCCUGUCUGGGUGCUGAGUAACCAUUCAUGUGAAGUUAGUGUACGGUUCCCACUUGUUUUGACGAGGAUCUGGUGGUAGCUUUUGGAGCCCACAAGGGCCUAUUGGAUUGAGGGCACUUGUUGCAAAUUUGGUGAGAACAGGGUUUAACAUUGACAAAGAAAAUAAGACAAAAUUAAAACACAGUUAAUGUGGGAUAUGGUCUGACUGUGUCUGCAAAGUCUAGUUUCUCUCAUUCAAAUCUGCUGCGCAUCACAUUCUGUUUUCCAAACCUAAAUCUGGAAAGAUCAAUUCUACUUUCUUAUCUCCAUAGUUUUGUCUCAAAAAGCAAACUGUCAGUACAGUAUUUUGAGUGCCUAUCAGAGCUGCUCAGCAUUCUGGUUUCUGGUCAAUCCUCAAAACAGAAAUAUAUAUUUUAUAUAUAUAUAUAUUUGUAAUAUUUUCGGAAGGGGAGCACCUUUCCAAACCAGCCACUCUUGUCAGAGCUGUCCAUCCAGGAAGCGCACAGACCACAGUUUAACACUAGAGGGUGCCAGGUACACUGUGUACUUGAAAAGGAUACAAUCCUGUAUACAUAUCUGGAUCAUCAUGCCAGAUUCGUUGGCAGCACAGGAGUAUAUCGAGUGCCUUACUCUUUGCAUUUUUAUUUUGUUUUUUUAGAGACAUUUUCACACUCCAGGUACAUAAAACAACUCCUAUUGUUCCAGCAUUGUUUGACAAUGAACUUCUCUGUAUAUAUCUACUACUCCUAAUGUAAGUGCAACAAUACAGAACAGCAAGCUCUAAUGUGAAAAGAAAAUAGGUCCAAAAAAUGUCAGGUGAACGUGUGUUUAGUAAUCACUGUCUAGGCCUAGUCGUCAAAUAACUCUUAUUGCGAGGAGUUCUCAGUAUGGGACUGUAGAGGCUUAACGGUACUAAUAGGUAAAAAAGACGAGAUGCGAUGAAAGCGGUACUUUUUGAUUACAUAUCUUAAGUAACUGCGAUCCAAACGCCCCAGCUCCUCAUGCUUAUUUUUAUGUUACUGACUCGCAUUAUUCAGCCAUUUCAUUUUUUGUAUGAGUGACUAUAUAAAUCAUGUAUAACCGAACUAUUAAGGUGCUAAAUGAAGAUUCAACAUUUCAAAAAGAAUGACAUUGACAUUGUCACAUUGUUUGAUUUCAUCACCUUGUUUUGCCACCUUUUGUUUGUUUAUUUGAGAAUAAAUUUGAUACAUA